AUGUAUUUGGGAAUGAUGGCAGGUCACCAUAUGGGUUGGGGUUUAAUAGAAGAGGAGGGUUGGAGAAAGGGGCCUUGGACUGCUGAGGAAGAUAGGUUGCUUAUUGAGUAUGUGAGGGUUCAUGGUGAAGGCAGAUGGAACUCUGUCGCUAGGCUUGCAGGACUGAAGAGAAAUGGAAAGAGCUGCAGAUUGAGGUGGGUGAAUUAUUUGAGGCCAGACCUUAAGAGGGGGCAAAUUACUCCACAUGAAGAGAGAAUCAUUGUAGACCUUCAUGCAAGAUGGGGAAAUAGAUGGUCAACAAUUGCAAGGAGUUUGCCUGGAAGGACUGACAACGAAAUCAAGAACUACUGGAGGACCCAUUUCAAGAAAAAGGCAGUGAAAGCGCCUUCUGAUGCCUCCGAGAAAGCGAAAAAUCGCCUUUUAAGGAGGCAACAGUUUCACCAGCAGCAGCAACAGCAGCAGCAGCAACAGUUGCGACAGAUUAAUCAAGCAGAUGUCAAGAAAAUCAUGGCCUUACUGGAUGAAAAUGACAACAAUAAAAUACCAUCCUGCUGGUCUCAAGUGAAGCCGGAUUCGGAGACCUCUACUACUACCACUGUAUACCCCAAUACAGCUGAUCAGGAGCAAGGAUUCUUCUGCUCCAUGUUGCAUGGCAAUGUCUAUAUGCCUGAACCCGCCUCCACUAAUGAGGACAAUUAUCUGUGGGAUGGUUUGUGGAACUUGGAUGAUAUCCAUGGUAAUUUCAACACAGCUUCAGCUUGUUCAACAGGCAAACCUAGUCUGCUCACCAACUUGGUCGUUCCCUUUUAUUGA